AUGAUAGGAGAUGUAUUUCGAAACGGUCAAAAGAUCUUUUGGAUCAGCUGUACGUGUAUCGGUACGUACAUCGCAUACCGAUACUGGAAAAAGCGAGAACUUCUGGCAAUAGACGAAGGUUUUGAUGAGGUGUCUAAGAUCGAUGAUACUCAUGAAAAACGAGUACUCCUAUUAGGUUUAGACGGAGCUGGAAAAACAUCGAUUAUAAACCAAAUAUGUGUUGCAAACGGCGAUGAAAUUUCUUACACUGUCCCUCCAAAACCAACAGAAGGUUCUACUGUAUAUAAAAUAAAAAAUGGGGUUCUAUUUUACAAUGUUUGGGAUAUUGGAGGUUCAGAUCCCACUAGAAAAUAUUGGACUGCAUUCUUACAAGACACAGAUCUGUUAGUAUUUGUAGUAGAUGCCUCUGAUGUAAACAAAUUAUCUUCCGCAGCUUCUAUUUUGAAACAAUUAUUAAGUGAUGCAAGAAUGGAUGAUAUACCAAUUUUAGUAAUUGCUAACAAGCAGGAUUGUCCUAAUGCUUUGAAGCCAGAGGAAGUUAAGAAAGCUUUAGAUUUAUUAAGUAUUUCUCCACAUAAACACAAAGUAGAAAUAAUUGGAUGCCAAACACGACCUCUUCCUGAAAUGCCACCAGAAACAACUGAGUAUACUUGGUAUCAUGCAUCUAUGGAUUCUGUUAGGAAAAAAAUAUUCUAUAUGGCAAAAGAUAGUGUAUCUGCUCCUUUGUUCUGUUAGAAAAUACUUUAUACAAGAAAACAAGAAAUAGAAGGCUAAGAAAAAAAAAAGAAGGAAACAACAGUAUGGCUAGUUCAGCAUAUCCUGUACAAUUUUUCACUGAAUUAAAGUGACUACAAUUUGUCCAGAAUGAACCUUAUUAAGAAAGAAUAAUUCGAGUUUUAAAAGAAAGAUAUGAAUAAAUGUGCACAAUUUAUAAAGCUUUCUCAGUACAA